AUGCCGACACCCAUGUUUCAAAAAACGGCCAGGUUCUGGCGCUAUAUGACUUGCUUGGCUGUGAUGAGCUGCGCUGCUGCGGCUUUGGGUCUCCAAACUGGCCCAAAUCUCCACCGCAGGCUAGGCCGCUUUGAGCCUGGCAUGACUGGCUAUGUGCCCCAACGCAGGGGCACAUCAGUCAAGCAUUCUCCUACCGAGCAUUCUCCUACUGAGCUAUCUACUACCGGGCGGUCUACUGCCACACCACUUGUCAGCCCACAUGAAGGUCUCCUACAUCCAUACACGACUCUGGCUGGACAGGCGAGAUUCCCAUUCGGAAAUGCGGCCCGUCAACAUGCUUCCAACGUCCACAUCAGGACACGUACGCUUUCUGGCUCGGAGUUGCCCGAGAUUGGAGCUUUUGCACGGAUAAAGCAACAAGUACCAGAGUUAGACGACGAGGAACUCAAUCAAAGGACUGAGAGAUGGGUAGAAAAUACGGCUAAAAUGUUAGAAGAACCAAAGGGGGAGGAUUCAGGUGACGAACGGCCAUUUGAGGACAGUGAAGAGGUAAGUGAAUUAAACACAGUACUUAUGCGUCUUCGGCAGCGCCUUAGCGAAUCUAAAUCAGCACGCGCGAAGGUAGACAAUUGCCUCGAAAAGCUGCAACUAUUCCCAAAAGAAAUUGAUGCUGGAGAAGUCUGCCAAGGAGAACGGGACGAGGUCUUCGACCACUGCGUUAAGCAGGUAGAACGCUGGGUUGCAAACGGGAAACUCUCUUCUGUGUUCAACUACUACGAAGUACCUGCUGUCACAGGCUAUCUGCUUUUCGUCCCUCUGCCCAAUCCACCUUCCGACUUUCUGUUCUACGCCCGGUUACUGAGGAGAGUCGCCAACGGGCCUUGCCGCGAGUUUAAGAAUGAAGACGAAAUUGCAAAUGCUGUAGCAUCUCUCUUGUAUACUGUUCCAGCUGCAGUGGCAGAACUGUCUGCAGGGUAUCGGCAGUUCCAUCUGCCAAUGGCAGACAGUAUUACACGUCUGCUCACAUUGGAGCUUUUGGCACGUCUAUUCUUCCGUUACGCUUACUGGUUCGUUAACAAUCCCAGGAAGCUUGUCCUUCUCAACCAGGCAUGCCGCUCUCAGAGCAUUUGUCGAAGACUGGUCAGAAUGAUCUUACAUACGAGUCCGCCAAUGGGGGACAUGAAAGCCCCACCGGCUAUGGUCCGGUGGUUUGCAUCGUACCUUAAACUCGUGGUCCCCAAUAGAGGGGGACGUGUGAUGCAAGCUUUGGCUCCGCUGGUGGCGGAGACCCUAGCAUCCUCCUUACACCACGAAUUUCCGGCUGCAUCACAGCCUUCGAGCGAAGGUGACCAGAAGGAACCGGCAACGCCUUUACCUCGUCAAAGGCAGUCGGUUGCCCUUCGUCUGCGCAAGUUAUUCAACUUAUGGAGGCGCAGGAGACAACGUAGAGAAAGGAACCAGAAUUUGGAGUGA